UCCUCCUGUCAGGAGGUCUCUCAUGAAUAGAGGUAGGAGGGAACAUAGAGAGCAGGGAAAGGCAAGAGAAGCGGCUGUGCCUGUGUCUAUUGCAUUCAUGCUAAAUAAGACACCUCCAGUCUUGGAUUAUCUGUCUGGCGGUGCACUCGCAGCCUAGGACCCGGAGGCCGCCACCCCUCUUCUCUUUCUCCUCCCUUUCAUACUGAAAGAAGAGUAGAGACACAGUCUACUGUUUGCCUCCUGCAGACUCCAUACACUUCUGAAUUCUGGUCAAGCGAGAUGAACAAGAUGAAGAACUUCAAGAGGCGUUUCUCACUCUCCGUGCCACGAACAGAGACAAUAGAGGAGAAUGAAUUUACGGAACAGAUAAACCAGCUCAACAUCCGCUGCAAUGAUGGCGUGGUGCCAAAUAGUCUUGGUCUACACAGCCUGCAACCAAGUCCAGUGGCACCAGACAGCGAGGCCCAGUCCCCUACCCAACUGCAGUACUGUAACAAAGUCCAACAUCGGCGGUUCUCCAUGGAGGACGUAUCUAAGAGGAUGUCUCUGCCCAUGGAUAUUCGUCUCCCUCCAGAGUUUCUGAAGAAGUUACAGAUGGAGAGUCCUCCACCAUGCAAACCUCUCAGCCGCAUGUCCAGAAGAGCUUCACUGUCGGACAUUGGCUUUGGGAAACUGGAGACCUACGUGAAGUUGGGCAAACUAGGAGAGGGCACAUAUGCGACUGUAUUUAAGGGUCGCAGCAAACUCACAGAAAACCUGGUCGCCCUGAAAGAAAUUCGUCUCGAGCAUGAGGAGGGUGCCCCGUGCACAGCCAUACGGGAAGUGUCCCUGCUUAAGAACCUGAAACACGCCAACAUCGUAACACUGCAUGACAUCAUCCAUACAGAUCGAUGCCUUACCCUGGUCUUUGAGUAUCUGGACAGUGACUUGAAGCAGUACCUCGACAACUGUGGAAAUCUAAUGAGCAUGCACAAUGUGAAGAUAUUUAUGUUCCAGCUUCUUCGUGGUUUAUCAUAUUGCCAUAAGAGGAAGAUUCUCCACCGGGACUUGAAGCCUCAGAAUUUGCUCAUUAAUGACAAAGGAGAACUCAAGCUGGCAGACUUUGGUUUGGCCAGAGCGAAAUCAGUCCCAACAAAAACCUAUUCGAACGAGGUAGUGACCUUGUGGUAUCGACCUCCUGAUGUUUUACUGGGUUCCACAGAGUACUCCACACCAAUCGACAUGUGGGGUGUUGGCUGUAUCCUAUAUGAAAUGGCAACAGGGCGUCCCAUGUUUCCUGGAUCAACAGUGAAGGAGGAAUUACACCUGAUAUUUCGGCUUAUGGGCACCCCAACUGAAGAGACUUGGCCAGGAAUCACAGCUAAUGAGGAGUUCAAAUCGUACCUGUUUCCUCAGUACCGAGCACAAACACUCAUUAAUCAUGUGCCCAGGCUCGACACAGAGGGGAUAGACCUUCUCACAGCUCUAUUACUGUGCGACACCAGACGCAGGAUUUCAGCCGAGUUGUCUCUGAGACACUCUUACUUCUUAAGUCUGGGCGAGAACAUCCACUCUAUACCUGACACAUCGUCAGUGUUUUCACUGAGGGAGAUCCAGUUACAGAAAGACCCAGGACAUAGGAGUUCAGUAUUCCAGCCUCCAGGUCGAGGGAAGAACCGCAGACAAAGCAUAUUCUGAGGAAAGAAUCAUAGUGGUAUAUAUGAAGAUCACAUCACCAGAACAAAAUCACUUUGAAGCAAACAGCUGUACAUGGCCUAUUGUGUUACAGAAUUAUAGAUUUCUCACCCCAAAACGUGCAUACAUGCAUCCAUUCAUAUACACUCCAAAAACAUGGAGUACUAUUGGCUGUAGCUCAGACAACUGACUGAAUAAAUCUGAAUCAGUCUCAGUUAUAUUUUGGUUAAGGCCAGAAAACACCAAAUCUGAUCAAAAUUAUAUUUAAAAUGGCCCUAGACAGUACUGACUGGUGCUAUGUUUGGAAUAAGCAUUCUACACUUACUAUUUCUUAAGUUUAUACAGAAGAUACACCAGAAAUGUUUAGAGUAGUAUAGUAGUACACUAUUUUCGAACUUGCCAUGUGAUUUAUCCAUAAGACAGACUUGAAUUGAACUCAAGUUAAACUGGAUCUGUAGUACUUUCAGGUGUUCAGAAUUAUAUAUUUAGUAUUUUUAAGUGUGUGUGUGUGUGUGCGUGCAGUAUAUGUGUAAGAAACAUGGUAGCUUCAUGUCUCACUUUUCCCAUUGCUUGAAAUUUCCUUCAUUUCCUUUUUGUUUGAACUUGUUUUGCCAUAUGUAUUUAAAGAGUCAUUGCACAAGCUCAUAUAACAGUUUAUUUUGCAAGCAUUUGUUCAAUACUAUAAUAUUUGGAAGGGUUGAGAUGUAUUAAAAAUUUAAAUUCCAUCAUAAACAUUUGAGCCAUUGAGUAGAGAACCCUUCUUGAGAAUUACUUGAAUUCUGUCAUGUUGCCAUUGAACUUCAGAUAUUAAAGGUGCUGUAUGCGAUUUUAGCAUAGACUUCAUGUCUGCAAAUCCAAGCAUCCAAAAUGAUAGACAGGCAGAGAGUGAUUCUGACUGGCUAUGUUUUCCUAGUUUUGUUUUUUUUUUUUUUUUUUGGCUGUUUGCAGAUAAAUCUGUUUGAUUUUUCAACACACCCAUUUCACUGAUAUUUGUCAGGUAAUAGUGACAUUUUAUGUUUUGUAUUAAAAAUUGCUUACGGCACCUUUAAUAUUCUAGUUACUAUUUUAUGAAAUCAUCAAAAGGUGCCUUUUGAAGACCAUAAGAGAUAAAUAUUACACCUUCGGAAAAUACAAUCUACUUCAAUUUUUGCAAUUAUUUUGUUCCUUUUAAGUAUAAUUGCACAUAUUAAUUGCUAAACCGUAUUUGCACAUGGCAUGCAAGUGUCCUCUUGGAUUUAGACUUUAUGUUGUUCUCCUACUGUACCUUGUAGUUUAAAAAAUAAAGCACUAUGACUUUUUAUUGUUAAUGGCACUGAGCACAUACUAGUUUUGCAGUGGACGAAAAUCAAAAGUUAGACAUUUUCAAGGCUAGAAUGACUGAUGGAGAGAAUGAGAGGUCAGAGCCAAUUCUAUAAUACAUUAUGACUUACAAGGCUUUCGUUUGACAUGACUGCAGCCAGGGGCGUAGAUUCCAGGGGGAAUCGAUUCCGGGGAAAUCCCCCCCAAUAAUAAAAACAAGCAAGUACAACUCCCCCCCCCCCCCCAAUAUUUAUACCAUGAUUAAUGGAAACAUUCUUCACACUGUAACCCCCCAUGUCCAUGCCAAAUCUACGCCCUUGACUGCAGCAGUGGCACUAAUUUAUGUGUUUUGUGGUAAAUUAAAAUAUUUUAAAUACUCUAUUGAAAAUAAUUAAUAUAUAAAUAUAUGUAUUUUGACAAGUGUUUUCUUUAUUCUCAGUGCGUUUAUGCCAGAAAAAAAAAAAAAGAGACUACUGUAUUACAUGAUCUUAGAUGACGUCUAAAUGUUUUAUAAAAGAUUUAGAUUUUUGUAUGGAAUGUGACAUUAAAUAUUUUGUGUGAUUUGUCUAUUCUAUUAUGAUAUUCCGAAGCUGAAUGUAUUGUGACUGCGAAAAUGCCAAAAGUAAUUAAAUAGUAAACUAAAUAAAUUAUAAAGUUCAACAAAU